AUGGAGUUAGCAAAAUCAAUCGAGAAACAAAACGACGUUGUGGUAAAACUAGCUAAGCAAGUUAUUGAAACCGUUGCCAAUGGCUCCAAUCUUGUCUUCUCACCGACGUCGAUCAACGUUUUGCUCAGUCUCAUCGCAGCUGGUUCAAGUUCCAUUACAAGAGAACAAAUCCUCUCAUUCCUUAUGUCACCGUCAACGGAUCACCUCAACUCGGUCUUAGCCAAGAUCACCGAGGAGGGCACCGAGAGAAGUGAUUUGCGCUUAGCCGCGGUUAACGGUGUAUGGAUCGAUAAGUCUGUUUCUUUGAAGGCUUCUUUUAAGGAGCUUUUGGAGAACUCUUAUAAGGCUUCUUGUAGUCAAGUUGACUUUGCAACCAAGCCUGAGGAAGUGAUUGAUGAGGUGAAUACAUGGGCUGAAGUACACACCAAUGGACUAAUCAAAGAUAUUCUUUCACGCAAUUCUAGCGAGAUUAUCGAGACCAUUCGUGAGAGCAUACUAGUUCUAGCCAAUGCAGUGUACUUUAAAGCAGCAUGGAGUAUCAAAUUUGAUGCAAAUUUGACAAAAGAUAACGAUUUUUAUCUUCUUGAUGGUAACACGGUGAAAGUCCCGUUCAUGACCAACUACGAGGACCAAUAUCUAAGAGGCUAUGAUGGUUUCCAAGUUUUACGCCUUCCUUAUGUAGAGGAUCAACGUCAGUUCUCUAUGUACAUCUAUCUUCCUAAUGAUAAAGAUGGAUUAGCUGCUUUGCUUGAGAAGAUAAGCUCCGAACCAGGAUUUCUUGAUAGCCAUAUACCACUCCACCGUGUCUCAGUAGAUGCAUUCAGAAUUCCAAAGUUUAACUUCUCUUUUGAGUUUGAAGCUUCAGAUGUUUUGAAAGAUAUGGGGCUGACUUUGCCUUUUAGUUCUGGAGGUAGUUUACUUGAGAUGAUUGAUUUGCCUUCCAACGGUAAUAACCUGUUGGUCUCAAGCAUCCUUCAUAAAGCUUGCAUUGAGGUGGAUGAAGAGGGAACCGAAGCUGCAGCCGUUUCGGUUGCCAUCAUAGUGCCCCAAUGUUUGAGGAGGAACCCGGAUUUCGUAGCUGACCAUCCAUUCCUGUUCACGGUGAGGGAAGACAAGAGUGGAGUUGUCUUGUUCAUGGGUCAAGUUCUUGAUCCUUCUAAACAUUGAUUGUGCUUUGUGGUGUGAAGACUAGACUAGUCUCUUUCUCGUUUACUUUUUACAUAAUAAUAACAGAGCCUUGUUUGGAUUCUAAUGAUGUUUUGCUCUUAGUGUGCUUCCAGUGUCCUACCUAGUGGGAGAAAACAUGCAUUAAGAAGUAUGUUUGUUGUAUUUUGUGUCUAUUUCUUGUUUGUUGUAACUGAGUUUGGUGGUUCUUCUUAUUGCAUGUGGGUAAC